UCAUUAGAGAAUUGGUGUAAAUAAUGACGUAAUACGACGUUGCCAUUAACUAAACUUCUGAAUUAGUGGAAUAGCAUUGUAUAAUCGAUAAAUAUAUAGGUGGCAUAUGAUUAAUUAAUGGGUGCACACUAAGAUCAAGUUAAGCUUAACUAAUCGUUAUACAAAGCUUAGUGACUUGUAAAAGUAGGUUCCAAUCACUAAGUAUAUAUUCUUACAGGGGUUGAGAAGAGAUAGAAGGGAAUCCAGAAGAGGUAUAUAAGCACAAAUCGAUUAGCUCUUCAUACUUAAGAGGCAGUUAAGCUCUCAGAGAAGUUUGUUCUCACAAAAAAAGGUCUGCAACAACCUCGAAGCUAGUUCAAACUAGUGGGAGGUUGGCUGCACAGAAAAUCCAGCCAACAAAUCAAUCAAACCAGUUACCAUAUACUCAGUAAUUAGCUAGGUUGUAAGGACAAGUAGCUAGCUAGCUGGUAACUACAGCUUUUGUUGGAUCAACCAAUUGAUAUGGCUCGUGGAAAGGUUCAGAUGAAGAAGAUCGAGAACCCGGUGCACCGACAAGUUACCUUCUGCAAGCGUCGAGCAGGGCUCUUGAAGAAGGCUAAGGAGCUUUCUGUGCUGUGUGAUGCAGAUAUUGGAGUUCUGAUUUACUCUUCCCAUGGAAAGCUCUUUGAACUAGCCACCAAAGGAUCCAUGCAAGGGCUUAUUGAAAGGUACAUGAAAACGAAGCCUGCUCGAGUACCUCAGGCUGAACCUGUCAUGGAAACCCAGACUCUGGAUGCAAAAAAAGAGUGUAACUUGCUGAAACAGGAGAUUGAAAUACUACAGAAAGGUCUCAGGUAUAUGUUCGGAGGAGGUGCUGGGACAAUGUCUUUGGAUGAACUACAAGUGCUUGAAAAACAUCUCGAACUUUGGAUUUACCACGUCCGCUCUGCAAAGAUGGACAUUUUACUGCAAGAGAUUCAACUGUUGAGGAAUUCAGAAGGAAUACUGACUGCUGCAAAUAAGUAUCUUCAAGACAAGAUUGAAGAGAACAGUGGAGUCACUAACCUUAUGCCAGUGGCGACUGAUACCCCAUAUCCACUAACCAUACCAAAUGAUGAUAUAAUUUCACUGUUAGGAAGCAACUUUGGUUUUUAA